UGGAUUUGGAUCGAAGUGAAGGAGAAGUGGAUGAAGCAGUAGCAUAGCAUCUGGUAGGCAGAGCUAUCUUCUUCUCCGCCGUUGGAAGCAAACCCCAAAUUCCUUUUCGUCUGUGCUUCAGAUUAUGCCCCCAAUGGCAUCCUCUCUGUUAUUACCACUCUCUGCACCCUCCUCCUUCAUUGACGAUUCCGCAGCUACUUCUCUGCGCCCCUUUCUUCAUGGAACCAAGCUCCUUCCUUCUCCCGCCAGGCCCAGACUGCCACGUGGCUGCACCUUCAAGUCUCCUUCUGCCAAGUCCUCUUCUUUCGACCACAUCCCCAAGCAGUUCCGCCAGGAAAAUCUCAAGGACGGAUUGAUGGAUAACUACAAGAAUGCACCUCAAUCUCUAUAUGGCCUCAGUCCUUCACAAAUGGAUAUGUUCAUGACUGAAGAUAAUCCUAUCCGCCAGCAGGCUGAAAGAGUUACAGAGGAAAGCAUCUCAUCUGCCAGAAAUUAUUUGGAUCAUGGUGGGAUGUGGAGUCUAUCUGACUUCGGUGAUAAGGGCCCUUCAAAAUACAGCAUGAGUGUCAGUAUGUACCGAGGAGGAGGUAGAGGAACCGGAAGGCCUAGAACUGCUCCACCGGAUUUGCCGUCGUUGCUCUUGGAUGCUCGGAUAUGCUAUCUGGGUAUGCCGAUUGUACCAGCUGUCACAGAACUUCUUAUUGCUCAGUUUAUGUGGCUGGAUUAUGAUAAUCCGGCUAAACCUAUAUACUUGUAUAUCAAUUCAUCUGGGACUCAGAAUGAGAAGAAUGAGACUGUGGGAUCUGAAACUGAGGCAUAUUCUAUAGCUGAUAUGAUGUCUUAUGUCAAAUCAGAUGUCUAUACUGUGAAUUGUGGCAUGGCAUAUGGUCAGGCAGCAAUGCUUCUGUCGCUUGGAGCAAAGGGUUAUCGCGCUGUACAGCCAAAUUCCUCUACAAAAUUGCAUCUACCAAAAGUCAACAGAUCCAGUGGUGCUGUUAUAGAUAUGUGGAUUAAGGCAAAAGAACUGGAGGCAAAUAGUGAGUCUUACAUCGAGCUGUUGGCUAAAGGAACAGGGAAAUCUAAGGAAGAAAUUGCUAAAGAUGUCCAGAGGCCUAAAUAUUUUCGGGCAGAGGAAGCUAUUGAGUACGGUCUUGCUGACAAAAUAAUCGAUUCGCAGGACAUUGCUUUUGACAAACGGAAUUAUGAUGAAAUGCUUGCUCAAUCACGAGCUAUGAGAAGACAAGGUGGUGCUAACCCUCAAGUGUCUCCUUCGGGACUUGGGUAAAUGGCACAAAGCAUAAGGCACUUCUUCCCUGCUACCACAAGAAAGCAAGCAACGCCUUUAAAGGGUGUUUGUGGGUUUUGUUGUACUCAUUGUAUGAAGGUCAAGCAGCUAUCUUGGUAUUAUAUUAUAUGAAGGCCAACUAAAAAAUUUUGCCCCAGACAGAUUAUAACGUCUGGAUCUCGUCUCUUGGGUGAUGUGUUACUUACGUUGCUGAAUUACUAAAUUAUCUAUUGUUGGUUUCGAAAAUUUCAUUGGAUGAAGGGAACGAAUAAAUGUUUAAAUAUUAGUGUUUUCUUAUAUUGUAAAUAUGGAACCAUUACUAAUGUGGUAGACUUUUAUGGCGUCA